ACGACCCAGCCCGGAGACCCGGGGCCAAAGGCGGCAGCCUUGUUAUCACAGUACCCCUGCCCGGCCUCCCUUCCACGGAGCAGAAAGAGCGAACGGCGCCCUCCGAUGCGCCCCACCUCUGCUUCCACCGCAUUGGUCCGCGGCCGGAGGCGCCGAGCGCGUCCGCGCCUCCUGCUCCCGAGUGGCGCCGGAGAUCCCCGGCCGAGGCGGUGGUUCUUGUUUUCGCUCUCUGUUUACCAGCAUGGCAGGAAAAGCCCACCGACUGAGCAGUGAAGAGAGAGAACAGCUCCUGCCAAAUCUCAGAGCAGUAGGAUGGAAUGAGGUGGAAGGCAGAGAUGCUAUCUACAAGGAAUUCCAUUUCAAGGAUUUCAAUCGGGCCUUUGGAUUUAUGACCAGAGUAGCUCUACAAGCAGAAAAACUGGAUCAUCAUCCUGAAUGGUUUAAUGUUUACAACAAGGUUCAUGUAACCUUAAGCACACACAAGUGUGCUGGCUUAUCUGAGCAGGACAUCAGCUUGGCAAGUUUCAUAGAGCAAGUUGCAAACACGCUGGCCUAAAGACAGCCUAACCCCAUCUUGGUCUGUAAAGGUCGCUCCUAAGCAGACUUGCAUCAGAACCUGCCAGAAGGGAUCUUGAGAUAAGUAACCUGGCAUCAGUAUCCAGUCAAUAUGGGAGAACCCAUCUUUUUGUAGAGGCAUUGUACUUGCUUACUGUAUGGUCACACAUCACAAUACUGCUGUGAAUUCAUAUGUUAUGCAUUAUUAACCUGUCCUGUGGCAAUAUCUGCUCUUUAGUCUGUAACCAUGUUUAGCAGUAUUAAAUUGGUGCAGGAGAAAUCACCUGUGGUUGUCAGUUUUAAUAAAGCCCACUCUUACCCAGUGUAUUGGAAA